GCCAGACCGAGAACCUUCGGGCCCGCAGCACCGUCCGCAACACGACAGUUCACCGUCACGUACCGUCAGCGAACGACCGCCGUGUUUUCCGCACGACCUCCGUGACCGUGAUUUUUCAAGCUCAACUGCUGUUGUAGUUUUGUACACGCACACACACCUGUUGUUAUAUUUGUCAAUUGUUCCAGCGUUAUUUAUUCGCACAUAGUGUACCGCGCAGUGCGUUUUUUAUUUUGGAUUUUAACUUGCUAGUGUUUUUUUUUAAUUGUUUCCUCCGUACACCGUUUUUCGGCCGCGAUAGUUUUUCCACUGCAGCACCGGUAUGGUGGUCGAUUUCAGUGCGUUCGGUUAUAUGCCGCCGGCGCGGUUAGCCGUUUUGUAGCCAAGCGAAAACAGUAACAGUGGAUUUUUGUUAUUUCAUUAUUAUUUAUUUUUUUUUUUCCAAUUUUCGACGAAUUUAUAUAAUUUAUUUGUAAUUGUACGAGAAAUCAUAUCGAUCGUUCGACAUGCCUAAGAUAUUCUUGAUUAAAAACCGGUUGCAUCAGCAACAGCAGAAGUUGUUGGAGAACCAAAAGGGAAACUCGCAACCGACCGAUCCGUUGGUGCAGUACGAUAAUCAUCACCAUCACAGUCGGCUGCAAUCUCCACCGCCGUCAUUAGUACACGGUAAACAUCAAGAUAAAAACGUAUGCAGUAGAGUCGUAGACGACAAUGACGAUGACGACGACGACGACAGGAUCGGCGGCUUCGAACCGGAUUUCAGAAACAGAUCGGUAUCGCCUCAACCGGUCCGACGAAUCGGUCCGGCUGCCGUCGCCACGACGACCACCACUACAGCCAACUCGGUUUCGUCGAUGCCCGCAGCCGUACCCGGUCCUCCGUCGUCACCCGACUGGAAUCCGCCGCCGAAACGCAGGUUCAUUUCCACGUCGGACGGCGACAACAUACCGUACGGCAGCAAGGACAGUUUACAACAGAGCGGCAACAGUAGCAGCACCCGACAGGCCGAACCGGCGGUGGCCGUGGUGAGAGCGGAACGCGAUGCCAGCGGCAAAUCGCCGAGUCCGGAACCGCGACCAGCCGAACCGAAACUUACGUUGCCACCGCCGCCGCAGACGCCGAAAUGCCGUCAGGUAUCGGUGAUCCAGCGAACACCGGUGCCGGCUAUUGCCGAAUCGCCGACGUGUCUUCGCACCCGUCCAUCGCCCAUCGCGCCGCCGGUAGUGGUCCAACAACAACCCGAGCAGGACGCGCCCAUCGAUUAUCACGUGCCGAAAAAGAAGUCAGAUCUUGAUUCGGAAAUCGCGCGGGCCAUCAAGAACAAAUUUGCUGUCACGCUCCGGGGCCAACUGGUGCAGGCGCCCAACGGAAUCUUGACGGCUGCGGCCGGUCGGGGACGCGGCGGCGGUCAGCAGGCCGCUGGAGGAGCCGGUGCCGGAGGAGGAGGAACUGGAGCGGGAAGUGGCAGUGGAUCGAACUCGGCCACUAACCGAGGGACGUCUCUACACUCGUACACGUUGGGUGGCGGCGGUGGCGGAGGCGGCGGAACCGGACUGCUUGGCGGCGGAGGCGGUGGCGGCGGUAUGGCUCCUGGAGGAGGCGGCAUGAACCCCGGUGGCAACGGCAAGCAGCACUUUGGUGGUCCGCACAGCCCAGUGUCGCUGCCGCCGUUCCACGAAAGCCUCAUCAAAUCGGGUGGCAACUGUUAUUCCGCCCAGUACAACAACCAGUACCAUCACCUCAUCAUGUCCGAACAGUUGUGUUUCAACAACAACAACAACGAUACGGGCCAAAAUCCGACGUCCGCCGGCGGUAGUCCUUUCUCCGUCGUUGGCCUGGACGGCCCGCCCAAACAGUACUCGCUGCUGCAGAACGCCUCGUCGCUAAUGGCCAUGGACGUUAUCAAAGAAGACGAUUGCGAAGACCUGUCCGGCUACGUCAAGGAACCAAACGGUUUCGACGCGAUCAUGGCAGACUCGGAAAACGGCACUUCCAACGAUCCGCUGCAGUUCACGGCCACGUUGACGUUUGCCGGACCCACCGAUCCCGACUUUUUGGAAAGCUUGACCGAUGCGGCCGAACUGUUUUUCAAAGAGCCUCAAGAAUGUAUACCUCCGUCGAUGGUCGAACAACCUCUGCACUUAUUCAACGAACACAGAAACGGCUUUUCCGAAUCGCAUCCAGAAAAACGCGGUUAUCUUCAUCAGAACGGCGCCGCCGGCGCUCAAUCGGCAUGCCGUCACAACUACAACAACUACGAAAUGUCCAAAGACCGUUUAUCACACGGUAAUUUCGACGGGCCCAACCAACAACUCCAACAGCUACAAAUACAAGUGCAGCUACAACAGCCACAAAACGUCGACGGUUGCGGAGGACAAAUGAUGUUGUCGCCCGGUCUGUCUUCGCUGGAAAUGGACUCCAACACAAGCAUGUCGGCCCCGUCACCGGCCAGCGUCAGCAUGGACGGCACCGUGUCGCCUUCGCACAACGGCAAGGACAACAGCAACUCGUCGCUGGACGUCAGAGUUCUACAGCACAGGGUGAGAAAGACAACCACCACCCCGUCAGUAGAGAAACCCAAAUAUUCUUCUUUCGCCAGUAAACUCACGGCCAAACUCGGUCUGCCCAACGACCUGCCGUUCGAAUUCGUCAACGGCGGCCACGGCAUUAAGAACCCAUUAGCCAAUCACGACACGCUCCCUCCGCCGACGGUCCUCGGCCGUUCGGCUGAACCCGAGAGGAUCGGUGCGCCGCCACCGCUGCCGUCGGUCACCAACUCGGACUCGUCGUCGUCGUCACCGUCAACCGACGCCGGCCACAAGUCCGGGUCGAAAUUCUGCUGUAACCUGUGCUCCAAGACGUUCAACCUGCAACGUUUGUUGAACAGACACAUGAAGUGCCACAGCGACGUCAAACGAUACCUGUGCACGUUCUGCGGCAAAGGCUUCAACGACACGUUCGAUCUGAAGCGACACACCAGAACGCAUACCGGUGUUCGACCCUACAAGUGCAAUCUGUGCGAAAAGUCCUUCACUCAGCGAUGCUCGUUGGAAUCUCACUGUUUAAAAGUGCACGGUGUACAUCACCAGUACGCGUACAAAGAGAGGAGAACCAAGAUGUACGUUUGCGAAGAAUGCGGGCACACGACCAACGAGCCCGAAGUCCACUAUAUCCACUUGAAAGAGAAACACCCGUACAGUCCCGCGCUGCUCAAGUUCUACGACAAGAGGCACUUCAAAUUCACAAACUCAAACUUUGCCAACAUGUUGCUACAAGAACGAGAGGGCCGGCAUACCUCAGACGCUUUUAAACGGUUGUCGCAAGUCUGUUGAACGCGAUUAACGACGGCGUGGUGGUGGUUGUGGUGGUGGACGAUGAACGAAAGAGUCAACGGUAAACCGUGGUCGAGUCUACGUUUUAUGUGUUGUGUUUUUGUUGGUAUUUUUUUAGUCGUUGUGUUUUAUCUAUAUUGAUUAUUGAACGAAAUUAUUGUUUAAAAAUGUUGGUAUCUUAUGAUUAGGAAAAUUUUUUUUUUGUACAUAAAAAUAUAUAUUUUAAACGGACGGAUUUUUUAAAUACAUCAUCUAUACGUGAAAGCUAUUAUUAUUAUUAUUUGUAGAUCGUUAACUUGGACUAAUGUACGGAAUAAGGCUAAACCGUUUGGAACAUAAUCCCAGACGGCGUCGUAACUCGUAGUAUUCAAAUGAAUUUUUAUUUAUUUAUUUUUUUAAGCUUUUACCGUUUUGUAAAUAAUUCAUAAAUGUAACUCUUGUGUCGAUCAUACAUUUUUAAAUGAAUUCUGACAUGUCGGCCGACAAAGGCAAUCGUUUUAUUCUUAAGUUUUUAACGCUCUCCCGAUUGACAAAACGUGUACAUAAAUAGCGGUGGGGGUGAAAUCGGUAUAAAUAAAUAAGCGCAGUUCUUAUUUUUCUAGCCGAGGGAGCAAAACGCGUUCUCCGAACCAAAAUCUUUUUUAGCGUUGUCUUGCGGUACACGGGUUCUCGUUAGAAUAACAUACGGUUAUGAAAUAUAUAUAUAUAUUUAUGUGUAAUUAUUAAGUAAUAUAAUAGUAACGAAUUUUUGAAAUUAAAAUAGUAUUUAAAUUUCGAUUAACGAACCGCUCCAGGGUCGGGUAUCCUAAGCUGUUUUUACUUAUUUACUCAAGUGUACGACACUUGUAACCUAUUUAACGAUUAGGUUAUAGGCGUACGAUUAAUUUUUAUGUAAUAUUAGUUAUCAAUAAUUAAUUAAGUAUAAAUGUAAUUUAAAAAAGGGAGAGGAGUUCGUUAUUGUUAGUUUAAUUAUAAAUAUAUAUUUUAAACGGAUAGAUAUUUAUAUUAUACGAUAAGAUUUUUAGAAUAUAUUUUGUAGAUUGUAAUGUGAAUAUAAAUCUGUGAUACGUUUUCAAUUUUUAUUCUUAUAAACACAUCCUAACUUGUAUUAUUAUUAUUAUCAUUAUUAUUUUUAUUAUUAUUAUUACAUGUGUCUUAAUAUUAAGUAAAACGAUAUUAUUUAGUUUGUAGUCAAU